AUGAUGUUAAGCUGCCUCUUCCUUCUGAAGGCACUUCUUGCUCUUGGGUCCCUGGCAUCCUGGGUAUCUGCAGAUAACUAUGUGAAAGAGGGAGAAUGCCCUCCUGAUAGGAACCCAUGUAAAGACCUGUGCCAAGGCGAUGCAUCAUGUCCACCUGGGCAUAAGUGCUGCACCACAGGCUGUGGUCGGAUCUGCCGAGGAGACAUUCCUAAGGGGAGGAAAGGAGAUUGUCCUAGGGUUGUUUGGAAACGAACCUGUGUAUCAACUUGCGACACUGAUGAGAACUGUCCAAAUAUAAAGAAAUGCUGUAAGAUGGGCUGCAAAAAGAGCUGUGUAGUCCCAAACUUUAAACAGAAGCUGGCAGAAUUUUAUGGCAGAUGUCCUGCUGACCCCCUUCCAUGUCAGAAGUUGUGUGAUGGGGACACAUCCUGUCCCCUGGGGCAUAAAUGCUGCAGCACCGGCUGUGGCUAUGUCUGCCGUGGAGACAUUCCGGGAGGGCGGGGUGGUUACUGUCCAAAUAUUCUGGUUGGCAUGUGCAUUACCAACUGCAUCCUGGAUGAGAACUGCCCAGCUAGAGAAAAGUGUUGUAAGUCAGGCUGUAGCCGCUUUUGUGUCACACCGGUCCGGCAGUUCAAAGUGAUAUUGAACCCUAACUGGACCACCAGUUCUGAUUCUGGUUUAGAAAACCCAGUGCCCUAGCUAUACUGAUUUGUCCGGAGCAUCUUUGGUAACACCAGGGGCUUGUCUUAGUGACCGAGAGAGGGUGACAUGCUGGGGCUUGUGACACUCCCAGGAGCACUCAUGGCCCUUCCUUCUCUGUUUCUCCUCCUGCUGCUGCCUGCAGCACAGGACAGCCCUGGGAUUGGGCAGUGGGUGUGUGGUGCUUCUCUUCCCCAAUAAAGGCUGGUACUCUCCCUCUGAUCCGUGCUGUUUGAGGACUCAGAUGACAAAGGAGAACUAGGGUGUCUGAGUGUGACAGUAGAAUUUGGAGACUAACAUAUUUAGGA